AUGGCCGAUGUCGAUGUCGACGGAGUGAUAGUUCUGGUUGUUUUCUAUUUGAUUGUACUGGUGACUGGAAUAGUAGCAGGGAGAUGUUUCAAAGCCCCCGGAGCAUCAGAGACAGAGCUGUCAAUGGUGGCAGGAAGGAAGCUGGGACUGGGAGUUGGGAUUUUAACAAUGUCGGCAUCAUUCGUCGGAGGAGGGUACUUAAAUGGCCUUGCUGAGGGAAUGGCCUUAGGUGGAAUAGCGUGGACCACACCUCCCCUUGGGAUCAUGUUUGGACUUUUUCUUUCUGCCUUUGUAUUCGGAGGUCCAAUGCGCCAACGAAAAUACUUAACAUUUUUCGAUCCAUUCCAAGAAAAAUAUGGCAAGGAAGUGACUGCGUUUCUCUUCCUGGCACAUUUGUUAGGAACGAAUUUCUAUAUGGCUGCUAUACUGUCUGCCUUGGGAUCAAGUCUGAGUGUUAUAAUAGGUUUAGAUAGGGUGGUAUCCAUCAUCAUAUCGGCCGUCAUUGCAGUGUUUUAUACAAUGGUGGGGAUGAUGGUCGCUGUAGCCUACACAGACAUCAUUGAACUAAUCCUUAUUGUCAUUGGCAUGGGAAUCGCAAUUCCAUUCGCUGCAACCAAUGAACAUGUCCACCUUAGCACCGCGCAGGAGAAAUGGUUAGGAAACAUCGAAACGGUUCAAAUAGGAAAAUGGAUAGACUUCCUUGUAUUAUCGUUUCUUGGCUCCAUACCAUGGCAGGGACAAUUUCAAAGAUUUUUAUCUGCGCGGUCUGCUAGAGAUGCUCGUAUAAUUGGCGUUGUUGGGGGAAUAGUGACGUUCAUCCUGGCCAUAGCGCCACUCAGUAUUGGCGCAAUUGGAGUAUCAACCGACUGGAUGAAUACGACUUACAAAAAAGAUCCAUUUCAAGCAAGGGAAACAUCUCUGAUGCUUCCAUUAGUGAUGUAUCAUCUCACACCAAGACCAGUUGCAAUCAUUGCGUUGUGUGGUAUAGCAGCAGCAGUGAUGUCUUCACUCGACUCUUCACUAUUGGGUUCCAGUGCUUUGUUCUGCCACAACAUCUACAGAGGCCUUAUAAGAAAAAAGGCCUCCGAACGAGAAUUUAUGUGGGCUCAACGAAUUACCAUAGUCGUUCUCGGGAUACUGGCCUCAAUCACCGCUAUCUACGCUGACACCAUUUAUGGUCUGGUGCUUUUUGGGUCCGAAUUUGGUUUAGUUAUGGUAUUCCCACAUUUGGUCUGCAGCAUGUACAUUCCCGUGUCCAACGGAUAUGGUGCCCUGAUUGGCUCUUCGUUAUCUCUCAUUUUACGUAUUGGUGGAGGAGAUGAGUUGAUGAACCUGGCACCGUUUAUUCCGUAUCCACCAUACGAUCACAAAACACAACUUUUUCCCGUUCGUAUACUUUGUGUACUCGUCGCCAUCGUGACAACUGUUGUGAUUUCAGUAGUGACAAGGUGUCUAUUUCAAAAUGGUAUAAUCUCCAAGCAAUUUGAUGUGUUGAACCAAUUCCCAGACAAAGACAACGCAACAGAUACAAACGAACUGGAAUCGAAAAAAGAAAUGGAAAUUCGUGGCAUUAGUGCCAUAAGCGAUCGUGACAGUUACUAUUAUGACAACCCUAUAGCUAUAUCAGAUGACACAAAGUAAUACCAUAACCCAUUACGAAAUAGAUUAAAACAUUUUUGAAUCUCCAUAUUAUGUAAUUGUAACAUAUCAGCCGAUGAACAGUGAGGUCCAACUUAAAUGAGGCAUGUGUCAAACCGGAUGUGAAACAAUUGGAAAUGGAUGACUACUUCAGAUCGUGAAGUAACAUUCACUUCUAAGAUUUGAGAUUUAAUGGAAUAGUGGAACUCUAUAGUGUCUUUAUAAUAAAUAUUUACAAUGAAAUAAACAUAAACAUAAACCAUAUAUAA